AUGGCCGACGGAAAGGCUGCUUUCCGGUGGACCGAUGAGACGAAGAUGGUGUUCUUGGUUCACCUGUUUGACAGCGGUGCUGCUACGAUCGACUGGAGCAAGGCUACUCUCCCUCCGGGCAAGAGGGUAGCAGCCGUCAAGAUGAUGAUGAGGCGCCUUGCGGAUUCCUACAGGCCACAACUCGACAAACUCAAGAGCGGCGAGAUUGGAGAAGCAGACAGCGCCGAGCUGGCCAAAGCUUGUCCGGAGGAGGCAGCGUCCAAGGGCGAGGCAAGCGCCGAAGACGCCGAGGCCGAGGUCAAGAGUGAAGGCGAGCAGCACGGCGACGACGACAAGGAGGACGACGACGAGAAGGAAGAUGAGGCCAGCGAGCGUGACAGGAAGCAGACGCGCGACCAGUGA